GUCCCCACCCCAGCCCAAUCUCUCAUAGGCCACACACUAACACACCACCACUCUGCCCAACCCAAUCUCUCACAGCCCUAGCCCUAAGCCCACUCACACAUAACAAAUAUACAACCUCCACAGCAGCCAUCCCUCAUCGUCACCCACUCACCCUCCUCGCCGACCAAUCUCCCCUCUCUCAGUUCUCUUCUCCUCAACUAGUGCCUGCCACUUAAACCAAGAAAAUCAAACAUAAAAACCCACAUGCAUUAGUCAAGAUGAAGAGAAUGUUGAUUGGGGAGGUGCAAGGAUCUUCGUCGCCGCCGCCGCGUUGUUCACUUCGUCAAUCGCCAUCAUCGUUGGCGCUGCCGCCGUCUUGUUAUCUCGGUCAAUAGUCGUUGCCGCCGAGUUCGGGUCUCGGGGUCGGAGGGGAGACGAGAGUGAAAUUGAGUGAAGGAUAGAUCUGGCAGAUAGAGGAGAGACGAGAGAGAGAUUGAUUGAGGGAAGGAUAGAUCUUAGGGAGAUAGAGGAGAGAGGAGAGAGAGAUUGAUUGAGGAACAUAUUCGAUAGAUGAGAGAUGAGGGAGAGGGGAAGGAUUAAUUUGGGGCUGAUUUUUAGUGGGGAAUGGAAAUAAAGUGUGUUGGUUUUAUAUUUUCGGGUUUGGGCCUUGAAAUCGGACCAACCGAGAUAUAAUUCGGUUCGGGCGAACCGAACCGAAUUAUAUUUCGGUUGAAAAUCGGUUCGCUGCAUGGACUAAUUCGGGGAGUCGGUAUGCUUAAUUUCGGUUCGAUUAAUACCAAACCGACUGAUUGCCCACCCCUAUUCGAGAUCACCUUCUGGUCACCUGGGGAAUCGCUCGCCGCUGGGGAACAAAGUGCCAAGGAGGAGACUGGAAUCGAGCUCGGCGCCAGAGGAGAAGAGGAAGAAGUUGCCGCCAGUAGAGCAAAGGAAGGGAGGUUGUGGCGUUUUUCUCUCCAAUAGCUCGACAGUUGUAGCGUCAAUCAACGCAGAGGCGAUGGGGAAGACGAGAGUCGCCGGAUUGGGGCAGCUGUGUACCGAUCAGGCGAUUGGCUCGCCGGGGGAGGACUAGGUAGAGGAGCUGCCGACGGGGGAUAUGCAGGUCGGAGGUAUCUUUUCCUUUGCAAGCCCUAGGCAGCCUGGGCUAAUCUGCUUUGUUCAACAUCAGCAGAGGCCGAGUGGGUCCAUGGGCUCAGAUAUUUGGACUACAUGCCCUAUUGAGCCAAGAGAGGCAGGGUGGUUUGUGGAGGGCAGGACGAAACUGAUAUGUUUCGUUGGGCUUGACCAGGAUCUGUUGAGCUGGCUGCAGUAUGAGAGGGAGAAAGGUGAUCUAAGGUCGGGCUUUGGUCCAUUCUUAGGAAUGAAGUGGGCCUGUGAAGGGCUAUCAUGCUAUGCAACAGGGGAGAAUGGAAAGGAGGUAGUGGGCUUCACUACUGGUCUUGGGUCUCAGUCUGAGGUAGGAAUGAGGAUGAAGGGAGGUAUGAUGGUUCAAUUGCAUCAGGUGGGCUUAGAAAAACAUGGGGAAAGAUCUAUUGGAUGGGAUGGCAGUAAGGGGGCAAUUAAUUUGGCUGCCAUCAUAAGGACGUUCAAGUCCGGAGGAGCUGCGUGGGUGGGAGGAGUUCGAAUGGCCAACCGCAAUUGGAAGAGAAGGAAACACAAAGUACGAUGGAGGCGACAAGCAGCUUUUACGGAAAAGUCGGUUAAUUCGAUCAACCUUGAGGGCAAGGUUGGUCUCCAGGGGGAGAGAAUGACAGAAACCUAUGGUUUCUAUUAUUACUAUUAUUUUUAUUAGGUUUAUUAUUAUUAAGAUUAGUAGCCUCUAACAAUGAUACCCAACAAAUAUGACAUAGAAGACUAGGACAUGUAAGCACAAGUGUCUUAGGGAAACUAUCCAAGCUCAACUUAGUCAGGGGUCUUCCUUCUUUAAGUAAAAAACCAGAAUUAUUCUGUAAUGCAUGUGCACUAGGAAAAAAAACGAGAGUCUCCUUCAAAAAGUAAGCCAUAUGUAACCACCAUAAGAAUAUUUGAUCUAAUUCACAUAGAUUUAUUUGGUCCAAACCAAACCAUUAGCUUAGGAAGAAAAUAAUAUGUUUUUGUUCUGCUAGACGACUUCUCUAGGUAUUCAUGGGUAUUUUUCUUAAAAAGGAUGAAAAUAUCACUAAAUUAAAAAAAAAUAUCACCAAAAUACAGAUAAAGAAAGAAUUAUUAGUAAUAGCGUGGCUGGCGAUAACACUGCCCUGACAACGACAACUAUCAGGUUAACUUUAGGAAUGCAUGCCGCUGAUACAAGGCUGAUUGUGAUUUGGAGUUUGUUGUUCUCUGUGUUUGUUUGUUUUUUUAUGUGAGUUUGUGAUGCGAUGUUGUCGCAUGGCUGCUUGCGGCAUGUGUCUGCAGUCUUUUAGGCUGGUAGUGCGUGCUUGUGUAGUGCUUCGCACCCCUGCUUUUGCUUUUCGUUUGCUUGUGUACGUUUCCUUCCUGUUAAUAAAACUUAUAUCACAAUUAUAAAAAAAAAAAUAGAAGUGAUCAUGGAGGAGAAUUUGAUAGUCAUUUGUUUGAAGCAUUAUGUGACAAUCUAGGAAUACAACAUAACUUCUCAGCUCCUAGAACACCUAUACAAAGUGGGGUUGUUGAAAUGAAGAAUAGAACUCUAGAAGAAAUAGGAAGAACCAUGCUCCAAGAAUAAACUUACCUCAACAUA